AUGUCUUUCCCCCAGCUGGGCUACCAGUACAUCAGGCCGAUUUACCCGGCGGAGCGCCCGGGCAGCGGUGGCUCCCGCGGCGGCGCCGAGCUGGCCCCGUCCGGGACCCUCUCCAACGUGCUCUCCUCCAUGUACGGCGCGCCCUACGCCGCCGCCGCCGCCGCCCAGGGCUACGGAGCCUUCCUGCCCUACGCCGCCGAGCUGCCCAUCUUCCCCCAGCUGGGCGCCCAGUACGAGCUGAAGGAGAGCCCGGGGGUGCAGCACGCCGCCUUCCCCCACCACCACCCCGCCUUCUACCCCUACGGGCAGUACCAGUUCGGGGACCCGUCGCGGCCCAAGAACGCCACCCGGGAGAGCACCAGCACCCUCAAGGCCUGGCUCAACGAGCACCGGAAAAACCCCUACCCCACCAAGGGCGAGAAGAUCAUGCUGGCCAUCAUCACCAAAAUGACCCUCACCCAAGUCUCCACCUGGUUUGCCAACGCGCGGCGGCGGCUCAAAAAGGAGAACAAAAUGACCUGGGCCCCCCGCAGCAGGACGGACGAGGAGGGCAACUCCUACGGUAGCGACCACGAGGGGGAAGAGGACAAGAGGGAGGACGAGGAGGAGAUCGACCUGGAGAACAUCGACACCGAGAACAUAGAGAGCAAUAAGGACGAGCUGGAGGACGAGCUGCAGGACGCCGACCUCCUGCACUCCGACUCCAAGACGGACUCGGAGGGUUCCGAGGGCUUCGAGGACCUGCCCGGCUCCGAGGAGCGCUACCUCAAGGCCGCAGAGGAGGAGCCGCACCACCUCCGCCAUCACCACCUCCACCACCAUCACCACCACCACCAUCACAAGUGCGAGCUCCCCGCCACCGCGGCUCCCGCCGGCCUGGAGCCCCUCAAGCCGUCUCUCCAGCCGCCUCCGCACCACCUCUCGCCCCCUUCCUCUGCCUCCUCCUCCGCCGCCUCCUCCCCGACGGACGGCGCAUUGGCCGGCACCCUGCCGAAGCCCAAGAUCUGGUCGCUGGCCGAGACGGCCACCAGCCCGGACAACCCCCGCAAGUCUCCCGGCGGCGGCUCCCCGCCGGCGGCCGCCCCCCAGACGCUGCCGUUGCCCCCUCCACCUCCCCCGCCACCCCACAGACUCGUCUCCUCCUGCCCCCUGGGCAAGUUCCCCAACUGGACCAACCGCGCCUUCCCGGCCCACCACCACCACCACCCACCCCCACAUCCGCUGGCCUUACUGAACACUCCCCACCUGCUGGGGCUGGGGGCCGCCCCCCCGGCCGCCGCCGCCUUCCCGCGGCCCGCGGACCAGGCGCAGAACGCGGAGCCCGCCGGAGCAGAUCGAUCUAGUGCCUUGGAAGUAGAGAAAAAGUUAAUAAAGACAGCUUUCCAGCCAGUGCAGAGGCGGCCCCAGAACCAACUUGAUGCCGCUAUGGUUCUAUCGGCGUUGUCAUCAUCAUAGUUAAUUUUUUAAAUUGUUGUUGUAAUGAUUGUAAAAAAUAUCUGUAUAGUUACAACUUGUAAGCAUGUCCGUAUAUUAAAUCUAAAAAGGAAAAAAAAUA